AUGCCAACCUACAGCGAAGGCGAUAAAGUCCGCUACAAGGCUCUCGGAGGCCUUGACUCCAAAACGUCCGCGACGGUGGGGAUUAUUCGCGAAGUCCGCACUUCGCCGAUAAAUCUGAUGGGUCGGCAUAUUGCAGCGUCGAAAGAUGAUCCUCGGUAUGAGAUUGAGAAUGAGCAUACGCAUAAGACGUCUGCGAUCAAGGAGACGAGUAUUAUUGGGCCGGUUGAGGAGUAG